AUGAGGGACAACGUUCAUGGAAGAACAUGUCAUCGCUCUUUCAGCUACUCGUAUUUUGAUGAUGAAGAGGAGGAGUUGGAGGAUGAAGAACAGUUGAAGGCACCUGCAGAGGAGGAGUGUUCCCACAAGAGUAAAGGUAAGAUAGAAUCCAAGUACAGGAGGGCACAUAGCACCAACCAUAGCUUGGUUGUUCGUUUUCACUGUCAAAGGUAGAGCUGUAAGAAAUGUAUGUUUUUUAAAAGUCUAUUGUAUCAUUAAAGUUUCAAAGAACAAUGAAACCACUGAAUUAACUACAUGGUUUGGAAAUUACUAACUAACUUUCACCAAACCAAUGGAAAAUGUAGUUAAACUAGUCAUGAAGCUACAAGUAUUGUAAUUGCUUCCGAAACUGCUCACCAUAUUGGCUGAAAUCCAAACUUCUUCCCACACAGAUGUGUCACGUGUUUCUCCACUACCCAGAACCACCCAGGUGGUAUUUGAGAUCCAGUCGGGAAGGGCUGUGCCUCGCCUCAGGGAGCCCCGUCACCUGUACGGUGUGUCUGGACAUGUGUCCCAAACCCUGCCACGCUGGCCCCACGAGUGGGAGGUCAUCCCGGGGGAAAUACAGCAUAUUGGUGAGAAUACUACAGACUAAAGAGAAAUUGGAGGUCUCAAGAGAUGUAUAAUCGUUUAGAGGAAAGCUAGACUUUAGACCAGAGUCAAAUAAGAGUCAAUGUCACAUUACAAAAGCACUUCAUGUACUGAAAAGAGAUUCAGGAAAAGCUCUCAAUCUUAGAUCCAAAGAGCACCUUUUUAUUUAAAUUUUUCACAAAGCAAAGCAGCACUCCCUCUUUUGUCUUCUCUUGUCUCUGUUGUCAGAGUGGGCUCCUCCCUUCCCAGAGCCGCUGUGUGCUCAGAUGAACACCAACGAGUGGCUGAGACCAGAGUCUGAAGAGGAAGGCACUGUCGUGUAUGACACACAGAGAGGUAACUCCAAUCAAGUGUCAGAUCUGUCAAUCACUGAGCUCUACCACAGACCUGCCUGGGUUAAAAUAGUAGGCUGUUUGUUUUGUUUGGAGCGCCAGAUGGGAGGACUACUCCAUUGAUUCCACUGCGCCAGUCAAGCUCAAUCAAGCGCACCUGGAAAGAAACAAAUGCUAUUUGCACCCAGGUCUGCUCAUCCCCAGGACACAUACAGUGCGUCAUGUCUCUUUGUUUUAAAUGUCCAUGUCUAUGCAGAUAAGGAUAACUACUUCCUGGGUUCUCGUGUGGGGGGCCGUCGCUCCUCCCUGACCGCUGCUGCUGUGUCUCUCUCUGGACCUGAUGACAUCACUCUGCUGUUUGAGGGACGCUUCGAGAGUGGCAACCUGCUGAAAGCAACAAGGGUGUGAGUACAGAGCAUCCAUAUGAAUUGUCAACCCUCUCACACUGUCAUUCAAAGUUCUGAGUGAAUGAAUGUUCACUCACCACCACUUAUAUUCUGUGUUGUGUGAUUCGAUUUCAAUCCUCUCAUGUUGUCACGCAUCCUAGUUCUGAGUGAAUGAAUGUCCACAGUCAUUUACAUUCUGUAUAAUGUUAUUUCAUUUCAUUCCAGUGGUGAAUUUGAUUACGAGCUCUCCCUGCGGACGGACCUGUACACGGAGAAGCACACUCAGUGGUUCUACUUCCGGGUGAGGAACACGAGGGCAGGGGUGCUUUACCGCUUCACCAUCACCAACCUGCUGAAGGUAGGUUGUUAUCACCAUUUUGUCUUUCUUUUCUCUCUUUCUGUAGUAAAAUGUUUUACAACAUGUUCAUGUGACAUACAGUAGCUUGACACUUAAUAAAUAAUAAAAAUGAAUAAAUGUUGAUUUGAUUUGAAGGUGACCAGUCUGUAUGAAGAGGGCCAGCUGCCUCUGCUCUACUCUGAGGAGGAGGCCCGUGUCCAGGGGGUGGGCUGGCAUCGCGUGGGCCAACAGGUCUCCUACCAACGUAACGGACGCCAACACGCCAACCAGCCCUGCUACUCCCUCUCCUGGACCUUCUGCUUCCCUUAUGACCAGGUAAAGGGCAAGAACCACAGUGCUCAACUCUUAUCCUCUUGUCUUGUGUAAAUCAAUGAAACGGUGCUUGGAGCCAACAAUCAAUUACAUCAUAAAUAGAAAAAAGGGCCAGCACUGACUUAAAUCCUUUGUCUACAUUCUGAUUGUGCCCACAGUUUCAGAAAUAUGUCUACACAUGGUAUUCAUAUUGUCGCAACCCCUAUUACUAGCCUGUUCAACCUCUCUUUCGUAUCGUCUGAGAUCCCCAGAGAUUGGAAAGCUGCCGCGGUCAUCCCCCUCUUACAUUUACAUUUUACAUUUUAGUCAUUUAGCAGACGCUCUUAUCCAGAGCGACUUACAGUUAGUGAGUGCAUACAUUUUCAUACAUUUCAUACAUUUCAUACGCUAUGCAAUCUGGUUUCCGAGCUGGUCAUGGGUGCACCUCAGCCACGCUCAAGUUCCUAAACGAUAUAAUAACCGCGAUUGAUAAAAGACAGUACUGUGCAGCCGUCUUCAUCGACCUGGCCAAGGCUUUUGACUCUGUUAAUCACCGCAUUCUUAUUGGCAGACUAAAUAUCCUUUGUUUCUCAAAUGACUGCCUCGCCUGGUUCACCAACUACUUCUCAGAUAGAGUUAAAUGUGUCAAAUCAGAGGGCCUGUUGUCUGGACCUCUGGCAGUCUCUAUGGAGGUGCCACAGGGUUCAAUUCUCGGGCCGACUCUAUUCUCUGUGUAUAUCAAUGAUGUCGCUCUUGCUGCUGGUGACUCUCAGAUCCACCUCUACGCAGACGACACCAUUUUGUAUACAUCUGGCCCUUCAUUGGACACUGUGUUAACAAACCUCCAAACGAGCUUCAAUGCCACACAACACUCCUUUCGUGGCCUCCAACUGCUCUUAAACGCUAGUAAAACUAAAUGCAUGCUCUUCAAUCGAACGCUGCUUGCACCCGCCCGCCCGACUAGAAUCACUACUAUCGGCGGGUCUGACCUAGAAUAUGUGGACAACUACAAAUACCUAGGUGUCUGGUUAGACCGUAAACUCUCCUUCCAGACUCACAUUAAGCAUCUCCAAUCCAAAGUUGAAUCUAGAAUCAGCUUCCUAUUUCGCAACAAAGCCUCCUUCACUCAUGCUGCUAAACAUGCCCUCGUAAAACUGACUAUCCUACCGAUCCAUUUACAAAAUAGCUUCCAACACUCUACUCAGCAAAUUGGAUGUAGUCUAUCACAGUGCCAUCUGUUUUGUCACCAAAGCCCCAUAUACUACCCACCAUUGUGACCUGUACGCUCUCGUUGGCUGGCCCUCACUACAUAUUCGUCGCCAAACCCACUGGCUCCAGGUCAUCUAUAAAUCACUUCUAGGUAAAUCCCCGCCUUAUCUUAGAAUAUUGGUCACCAUAGCAACACCCACCCAUAGUAUGCGUUCCAGCAGGUAUAUCUCACUGGUCAUCCCCAAAGCCAACACCUCCUUUGGCCGCCAUUCCUUACAGUUCUCUGCUGCAAAUGACUGGAACGAACUGCAAAAAUCUCUGAAGCUGGAGACACUUAUCUCCCUCACUAACUUUAAGCAUCAGUUGUCAGAGCAGCUUACCGAUCACUGCACCUGUACACAGCCCAUCUGUAAUUAGCCCAACCAACUACCUCAUCCCCAUAUUGUUAUUUACAUUGUUAUUUAUUUUGCUCAUUUGCACCCCAGUAUCUCUAUUUGCACAUCAUCUUCUGCACAUCUAUCACUCUAGUGUUAAUACUAAAUUGUAAUUAUUUUGCACUAUGGCCUAUUUAUUGCCUUACCUCCAUAACUUACUACAUUUGCACACACUGUAUAUAGAUUUUAUAUUGUGUUAUUGACUGUACGUUUAGUUUAUUCCAUACAGUGGGGAAAAAAAGUAUUUAGUCAGCCAACAAUUGUGCAAGUUCUCCCACUUAAAAAGAUGAGAGAGGCCUGUAAUUUUCAUCAUAGGUACACGUCAACAAUGACAGACAAAUUGAGAAAAAAAAUCCAGAAAAUCACAUUGUAGGAUUUUUAAUGAAUUUAUUUGCAAAUUAUGGUGGAAAAUAAGUAUUUGGUCACCUACAAACAAGCAAGAUUUCUGGCUCUCACAGACCUGUUACUUCUUCUUUAAGAGGCUCCUCUGUCCUCCACUCGUUACCUGUAUUAAUGGCACCUGUUUGAACUUGUUAUCAGUAUAAAAGACACCUGUCCACAACCUCAAACAGUCACACUCCAAACUCCACUAUGGCCAAGACCAAAGAGCUGUCAAAGGACACCAGAAACAAAAUUGUAGACCUGCACCAGGCUGGGAAGACUGAAUCUGCAAUAGGUAAGCAGCUUGGUUUGAAGAAAUCAACUGUGGGAGCAAUUAUUAGGAAAUGGAAGACAUACAAGACCACUGAUAAUCUCCCUCGAUCUGGGGCUCCAUGCAAGAUCUCACCCCGUGGGGUCAAAAUGAUCACAAGAACGGUGAGCAAAAAUCCCAGAACCACACGGGGGGACCUAGUGAAUGACCUGCAGAGAGCUGGGACCAAAGUAACAAAGCCUACCAUCAGUAACACACUACGCCGCCAGGGACUCAAAUCCUGCAGUGCAGACGUGUCCCCCUGCUUAAGCCAGUACAUGUCCAGGCCCGUCUGAAGAUUGCUAGAGUGCAUUUGGAUGAUUCAGAAGAGGAUUGGGAGAAUGUCAUAUGGUCAGAUGAAACAUAAAAAAAUUAAAUUAAAUUAAAAUUAAAAUGUCUCAUAUCUGUCCAUUGUGACUAGAUUUCCUGGACCAUCCCUGUAUGCAAAUUAUUUGACAACUAUUAUUUCAAAAUAAUAUGGAUGUAUUUAUUUACAUUUUACAUAUUGAUGCCAUAAAUCAAUGGUACCACCUGUCAAUGAUUUUAGAAGGCGGGAUAAAGAGGAUUUAAAUGGUUUCUCUGUCCAGAUCUGUCUACACUGGUAAGAUAUCCAGACAAAAUGCGUGCCUGACUAUCUCUGGAGGUGGUCAGGAAGAUCUGAUCACAAUCAGAUCACAAUGCAUAUUUUAAUCCUACACCUGUCUAAAAAUGUGGGCACAAUCAGAAUGUGGAGAAGAUCAGGACAAAGGAUGCAUGUUAGAACCAGGUAUAAACAUGUUACAAUAUAUCAUUAUCAAUAUACAGGAUAUUAUUAUACUUUUCUUCAAAUACACAAUAUAAUGCAAUCUAUUUACAAUACAGUGAAGUUGUUAUUAAUGUCGCCCUUACGACCAGGAUACCUGUUACCUGGCCCACUGCUACCCUUACACCUACUCCAACCUGUGGGCCCACCUGUCCGAGAUCGAGCGGGACCCCCGCCGCUCGCGGUUCUGUAAGGUGCGGACCCUGUGCCGGUCGCUUGCGGGUAACCUGGUUCCGGUGCUGACGGUGACCAACCCAUCCCACCGAGAGGACAGGAGUCACAAGCCUGCUGUGGUGCUGACCGCCCGGAUACACCCCGGGGAGACCAACAGGUAGAGACCAACAGGUAGAGACCAACACGUAGAGACCAACAGGUAGAGACCAACAGAUAGAGACCAACGGGUAGAGACCAACACGUAGAGACCAACAGGUAGAGACCAACAGAUAGAGACCAACAGGUAGAGAGACCAACAGGUAGAGAGACCAACAGGUAGAGACCAACAGGUAGAGACCAACACGUAGAGACCAACAGGUAGAGACCAACAGAUAGAGACCAACAGGUAGAGAGACCAACAGGUAGAGAGACCAACAGGUAGAGACCAACAGGUAGAGACCAACACGUAGAGACCAACACGUAGAGACCAACAGGUAGAGACCAACAUAUAGAGACCAACAUAUAGAGACCAACAGGUAGAGACCAACAGGUAGAGACCAACAGGUAGAGACCAACAGAUAGAGACCAACGGGUAGAGACCAACACGUAGAGACCAACAGGUAGAGACCAACAGGUAGAGACCAACAGAUAGAGACCAACAGGUAGAGACCAACAGGUAGAGACACCCCGGGGAGACCAACAGGUAGAGACCAACAGAUAGAGACCAACAGGUAGAGACACCCCGGGGAGACCAACAGGUAGAGACCAACAGGUAGAGACCAACACGUAGAGACCAACACGUAGAGACCAACAGGUAGAGACCAACAGGUAGAGACCAACAGAUAGAGACCAACAGGUAGAGACACCCCAGGGAGACAUACAGGUAGACACCAACCGGUAGAGACCAACAGGUAGAGACCAACAGAUAGAAACACCCUGGGGAAACCUACAGGUAGACACCAAUCGGUAGAGACCAACAGGUAGAGACACCCUGGGGAAACCUACAGGUAGACACCAACCGGUAGAGACCAACAGGUAGAGACACCCUGGGGAAACCUACAGGUAGACACCAACCGGUAGAGACCAACAGGUAGAGACCAACAGGUAGAGACCAACAGGUAGUGGUUGGGCGUGUCUGAAAUGGCACUCUAUUCUGUAUAUCAGGGCUAUUCAACUCUUACCCAACGAGGUCCGGAGCCUGCUGGUUUUCUGUUCUACCUGAUAAUGAAUUACACCCACCUGGUGUCCCAGGUCUAAAUCAGUCCCUGAUUAGAGGGGAACAAUGAAAAUGCAGUGGAACUGGCUUCGUGGUCCAGAGUUGAGUGUGAGGGCUCUAUACAGUGCACUGCUUUUGACCAAAUUCAGAUUCCGAUUUGUUCAUUGCCACACAAUCUAAGAUAAGUGUUAUUUUCAUUCCGUACAGCAUGGUAGGAUAACUCUGAUAAAGUGCCAUACUAUACAUCAAAUAUACAAACGUACACAUUCAAACAUUAAAUACAACCGACCAACAGCUCCUGGGUGAUGAAGGGCGUCCUGAACUUCCUGCUGGGAGACUCUCCGGACGCGGCGCUGCUCCGAGAUGCCUUCGUCUUCAAGCUGGUGCCCAUGCUGAACCCGGACGGGGUCAUAGUAGGUAACUACCGCUGCUCGCUGACCGGACGAGACCUCAACCGUAGCUACAAGUCCAUCCUCAGAGAAUCCUUCCCUACCGUGUGGGCCACGCACACCAUGGUCCAGAGGUAUCAAUCAUUCAACCAAUCUAUCCAUAAAUCAGUUAACCAAUCAAUCGAUCAGUUAGACCAAUCAGUCAGCCAAUAAUAUCACGUAUGUCCUCCAGACUGUGUGAGGAGCGUAAGGUGCUGCUGUACUGUGAUCUCCAUGGACACAGCCGUAAACACAACGUCUUCACCUACGGCUGUGAGAAACCCCGGUCCGCUGACAGACACCCUCACGAACGAGUCUUCUCUCUGAUGCUCAGCAAGAAUUGCCCUGACAUGGUUAAUGACUCUUCCUCACUCAUUGUUCUAUCCCCCAUUAGCCAAGGCCAGGGCCCGUAUCCACAAAGAGUAUCAGAGUAGGAGUACUGAUCUAGGAUCAGGUCUCCCCUGUCCAUAUAAUCUUAUUCAUUCUGAUCUAAAAGGCAAAACUGAUCCUAGAUUAGCACUCCUACUCUGAGACGCUUUAUGAAUACAGGCCCAGUUCAGAUGAAACGGCCGAGAUAAGAUCACACAAUUUAGCUUGAUCUGAACUGCCUAGUUCUUUCUCAUGUUGGCUGUUGGGUUUUCCAAGAUUAAGCUAAUCUUCACAAAAGACUGGCUGCUCAAACAUUGUAUCUUUGUGUGUCCUCAGUUCUCGUUCGGGAGCUGUAAAUUCAAGGUACAGCGCAGUAAGGAGGGAACAGGCAGAGUGUCUCUGUGGAGGCUGGGGGUCCUCAACUCCUUCACCCUGGAGACAUCCUUCUGUGGCUCCAACAUCGGUAAGGAUAUCCACCACAUCACUGCAUCUCUGCCAUGUCUCUCUAGCGGAAGAGAGAGAGAGACAGAGACACAGUGGAGCUAGAUUUUGUCUACCAAACUUUAGUUACAUGAAUGGAAAGGAAACAUUUGAUAGACUUGUUAUAACUAAAGUACUUUACUUGAUUCAGAGUAAACUCCACACGUCUCAGGGUUUACCAGUCAGAUUCAGUCAGACCAAAGAUGUUCACUUUUGGUUUGAUUCCAGGUAAGAGGAAGGGGACCCAUUUCAGCACUCAGGACCUGGAGAUGUUGGGGGCUCAGUUCUGUGACACACUACUGGACUACUGUGACCCGGACCGGACAAAGGUGGGACCAGAACCAGACACAACUGUCUGUAGUCCUGCCGAUAUCUGCUUGUUCACAGUGUAAGCACAGUAUCUAUAUUGAAGCAGAUCUCACCAGUCUCACUGGUCUGUUGUUUCUGCAGUACAGCACGUGUUUGAGAGAGCUACAGGAGAUUAUGAGACAGGAGGCAGGUCUGCCAAUAGACAAUGAGCCUACAGAUACCUCACUGACUGACCACGAGGCCAGCGCCAGUGGAUCCAACAGCUCCCAGACAGACAGACCUCCUGCUCACCUCCAGGCCUUCAACAAGGUAGUAACAGUGGUAGUAACUGGUAGCAGUAGUAUUACUGUCUCGCUAACAAAACGUUUCUGUCUGGGUUGGAGUUCCGAAGUGACUAAUAACUCACCGGUCUGUCUGUAUUCUCUCUAUAACAUAGAUGGUGUCCCGUAAGAAGCUGAAGUCCAAGAAGGAGAGGAACAGAUCUCACCUGGUCAGGGUCAGGGAGGAGAAGGGGGUGAGUAUAAUCAGUGGGAUGGUUGGGUCAUGCUCUCACUCUGAAUAUGGACCAGAUAUGUCCUUUAGAAGUACGGAUAGGUUUCCUUUGUUAGUUCGUCUUAAUUUUUGCUAUCCUUUUACAUUACAGGAUAAUGGUGUCAAAGGGACGUUGGAGAAAAGCAAAUAUGUAUUGAAGCCUGUAAGUCCCAAUGUUUUACACAUCAUAGGCAAUGAAAAGGAAGAGGAACUCCCAAGUUCAGUGCAUUGGGAAAGUAUUCAGACCUCUUCCCCUUUUCCACAUUUUGUUACGUUACAGCCUUAUUCUAAAAUGUCCUCAUCAAUCUACACACAAUACCCCAUAAUGACAAAGCGAAAACAAGUUUUUAUAAAUUUUUUGCAAAUGUAUUAAAAAUAAGUAUUCAGACCCUUUGCUAUGAUACUCAAAUUUGAGCUCAGGUGCAUCCUGUUUCCAUUGAUCAUCCUUGAGAUGUUUCUACAACUUGAUUGGAGUCCACCUGUGGUAAAUUCAAUUGAUUGGACAUGAUUUGGAAAGGCGCACACCUGUCUAUAUGAGGUCCCUCAGUUGACAGUGCAUGUCAGAGCAAAAACCAAGCCAUGAGGUCAAAGGAAUUGUCCGUAGAGCUCUGAGACAGGAUUGUGUCGAGGCACAGAUCUGGGGAAGGGUACCAAAACAUUUCUGCAGCAUUGAAGGUCCCCAAGAACACAGUGGCCUCCAUCAUUCUUAAAUGGGAAAAGUUUGGAACCACCAAGACUUCCUAGAGCUGGCCGCCCGGCCAAACUGAGCAAUCGGGGAGAAGGGCCUUGGUCAGGGAGGUGACCAAGAACCCAAUGGUCACUUUGACAGAGCUCUAGAGUUCCUCUGUGGAGACUGGAGAACCUUCCAGAAGGACAACCAUCUCUGCAGCACUCCACCAAUCAGACGGAAGCCACUCCUCAGUAAAAGGCACAUGACAGCCUGCUUGGAGUUUGCCAAAAGGCACCUAAAGGACUCUCAGACCAUGAGAAACAAGAUUCUCUGUUCUGAUGAAACCAAGAUUGAACUCUUUGGCCUGAAUGCCAAAUGUCACGUCUGGAGGAAACCUGGCACCAUCCCUACGGUGAAGCAUGGUGGUGGCAGCAUCAUGCUGUGGGGAUGUUUUUCAGCGGCAAGGACUGGGAGACUAGGAUAGAGGGAAAAAUGAACGGAGCAAAGUACAGAGAGAUCCUUGAUGAAAACCUGCUCCAGAGAGCUCAGGACCUCAGACUGGGGUGAAGGUUCACCUUCCAACAGGACAACGACCCUAAGCACACAGCCAAGACAACACAGGAGUGGCUUUGGGACAAGUCUCUGAAUGUCCUUGAGUGGCCCAGCCAGAGGCCGCACAUGAACCUGAUCGAACAUCUCUGGAGAGACCUGAAAAUAGCUGUGCAGCGACGCUCCCAAUCCAACCUGACAACCAGAGAGCUCAGGACCUCAGACUGGGGUGAAGGUUCACCUUCCAACAGGACAACGACCCUAAGCACACAGCCAAGACAACACAGGAGUGGCUUUGGGACAAGUCUCUGAAUGUCCUUGAGUGGCCCAGCCAGAGGCCGCACAUGAACCUGAUCGAACAUCUCUGGAGAGACCUGAAAAUAGCUGUGCAGCGACGCUCCCAAUCCAACCUGACAGAGAUUGAGAGGAUCUGCAGAGAAGAAUGGGAGAAACUCCCCAAAUACAGGUGUGCCAACCUUGUAGCGUCAUACCCAAGAAGACUUGAGGCUGUAAUCGCUGCCAAAGGUGCUUCAACAACGUACUGAGUAAAGGGUCUGAAUACUUAUGUAAAUGUAAUAUUAACUUUUUAUUUAUUUAUAUAAAUUUGCAAAAUAUUCUAAAAGGCUGUUUUUGCUUUGUCAUUAUGGGGUAUUGUGUGUAGAUUUAAUCAAUUUUUCAACAGGGCUGCAACGUAACAAAAUGUGGAAAAAGUAAAGGGGUCUGAAUUCUUCUGAAUGCGCUGUACAGUCGUGGUCAAAAGUUUUGUGAAUGACACAGGUAUUGGUCUUCACAAAGUUCACUGCUUCAGUGUUAUGAGAUAUUUUUGUCAGUUGUUACUAUGGUAUAGUGAAGUAUAAUUACAAGCAUUCCAUAAGUGUCAAAGGCUUUUAUUGACAAUUACAUUAAGUUUAUGCAAAGAGUCAAUAUUUGCAGUGUUGACCCUUCUUUUUCAAGACCUCUGCAAUCCGCCCUGGCAUGCUGUCAAUUAACUUCUGGGCCACAUCCUGACUGAUGGCAGCCUAUUCUUGCAUAAUCAAUGCUUGGAGUUUGUCAGAAUUUGUGGGUUUUUGUUUGUCCACCCGCCUUUUGAGGAUCGACCACAAGUUCUCAAUGGGAUUAAGGUCUGGGGAGUUUCCUGGCCAUGGACCCAAAAUGUUGAUGUUUUAUUCCCCGAGCCACUUAGUUAUCACUUUUGCCUUAUGGCAAGGUGCUCCAUCAUGCUGGAAAAGGCAUUGGUCGUCACCAAACUGUUCUUGGAUGGUUGGGAGAAGUUGCUCUCGGAGGAUGUGUUGGUACCAUUCUUUAUUCAUGGCUGUGUUCUUAGGCAAAAUUGUGAGUGAGCCCACUCCCUUGUCUGAGAAGCAACCCCACACAUGAAUGGUCUCAGGAUGCUUUACUGUUGGCAUGACACAGGACUGAUGGUAGUGCUCACCUUGUCUUCUCCGGACAAGGUGUUUUCCGGAUGCCCCAAACAAUCGGAAAGGGGAUUCAUCAGAGAAAAUUACUUUACCCCAGUCCUCAGCAGUCCAAUCCCUGUACCUUUUGCAGAAUAUCAGUCUGUCCCUGAUGUUUUUCCUGGAGAGAAGUGGCUUCUUUGCUGCCCUUCUUGACACCAGGCCAUCCUCCAAAAGUCUUCGCCUCACUGAGCGUGCAGAUGCACUCACAUCUGCCUGCUGCCAUUCCUGAGCAAGCUCUGCACUAGUGGUGCUCCGAUCCCACAGCUGAAUCAACUUUAGGAGACGGUCCUGGCGCUUGCUGGACUUUCUUGGGCGCCCUGACGCCUUCUUCACAACAAUUGAACCUCUCUCCUUGAAGUUCUUGAUGAUCCGAUAAAUGGUUGAUUUAGGUGUGUCACGAUCGUCGAACACAGAGGACCAAGGCGCAGCGUGGAAUGCGAACAUACUUUUAUUUUUAAUGAUCACACGAACAAAACAACAAAACGAUACGUGACGUCCUUGGCAAUAAUCACUAACCAAACACGGAACAAGAUCCCACAAACACUGUGGCAAAACAGGCUACCUAAGUAUGGUUCCCAGUCAGAGACAACAAGCAACAGCUGAUUCACGUUGCCUCUGAUUGAGAUCCACACCGGCCAACAUAGAAACAAAUGAACUAGAUAAACACCCUAGCACACAAAACACAUAGAAACCACACACCCUGGCUCAACAUAACAGAGUCCCAGAGCCAGGGCGUGACAGUACCCCCCCCCAAAGGCGCGGACUGCGACCGCGCCAAACAUAAACCGAACAGGGGAGGGCCGGGUGGGCAUUCCUCCUCGGAGGCGGUUCCGGCUCCGGGCUUGACCCCAACCCUCCAACAAACCCCCCAAAGCGCCCCUGGUCCGGUCUGGCCCUGCUGGCCGGAGCUGGACUGAACACUGGUGGAGCGGAUUGCUCUAGCUCCGGAGUGGAGCAGCUGACCGGUGCCGGACCAGGCACCGGUGGAACAGGCACGGGCUGUGCCGGACUGACGACGCGCACCACAGGCUUGGUGCGGGGAGCAGGGACGGGCCGGACCGGGCUGACGACGCGCACCAUAGGCUUGGUGCGGGGAGCAGGGACGGGCCGAACCGGGCUGACGAAGUGCACCACUGGCUUGGUGCGGGGAGCAGGAACAGGCCGGACCGGGCUGACGACGCGCACCAUUGGCUUGGUGCGGGGAGCAGGGACGGGCCGAACCGGGCUGACGAAGCGCACCACUGGCUUGGUGCGGGGAGCAGGAACAGGCCGGACCGGGCUGACGACGCGCACCACAGGCUUGGUGCGAGGGGCAGGAACAUGCCGGACCGGGCUGGCGACGCGCACCACAGGCUCGGUGCGAGGGACAGGAACAAGCCGGACCGUACUGGGGACACACACCACUGGCCCUACGCGGGGAUCAGGAACGGGCCGGACCGGACUGGCAACACACCCCAGUACCUCUCGCCGUGCCUCUACAUUCUCCUUCCCCCUGGUGACCAGUGACUCCCGUAACCUGGCGGCCUCCUUUGCCAACCCGCUGAACCACUCUAUCCCGGCCUCCUGCUGCCCCGUCGUCCACAGCGUGAGCCCCCCCCUAAAAAAAUUCUGGGCGUCUCUCCUCCCCGUGGGCCAGGCCUCCAUGGCUCUCGCCAGACUCUCGCUCCUCUGCUCCCAAGACCAGCCUCUCUCCUCCUCCCGCGGCUUGACCCAGUCGAGGUUGAUAUCCUUUAGAGCCCUCUCUGGCGUUGGCUCCUGGACACGCUGCUUGGUCCAGUUAUGGUGGGAUCUUGUUCCGUGUUUGGUUAGUGUCUAUUGCCAAGGACGUCACGUAUCGUUUUGUUGUUUUGUUCGUGUGAUCAUAAAAAAUAAAAGUAUGUUCGCAUUCCACGCUGCGCCUUGGUCCUCUGUGUUCGACGAUCGUGACAAGGUGCAAUCUUACUAGCAGCAAUAUCCUUGCCUGUGAAGCCCUUUUUGUGCAAAGCAAUGAUGACGGCACGUGUUUCCUUGCAGGUGAUCAUGGUUAACAGAGGAACAACAAUGAUUUCAAGCACCACCCUCAUUUUAAAGCUUCCAGUCUGUUAUUCUAACUCAAUCAGCAUGACAGAGUGAUCUCCAGCCUUGUCCUCGUCAACACUCUCACCUGUGUUAACGAGAGAAUCACUGACAUGAUGGCAGCUGGUCCUUUUGUGGCAGGGCUGAAAUGCAGUGGAAAUGUUCAUUUAGUUCCAGGUAGAACCGUUUUGGUUCCAUGUAGAACCCUUUCCACAGAGGAUUUUACAUGGAACUCAAAAGCGUUCUUUCUACCUGGGACCAAAAAGGGUUCUACCUGGAAUUAAAAAAAUAUCCUCCCACUGCCUUUUUUCUAAGAGUGUAGAGACAAGUGGUGUCACUUUCACUCCCUCUCUCUCUCUAGCCCCAUACACACUUUUCACAAAAAUGUUUACACCAACAUUGUGUGGUGUCACCGCUACGGUUCUGUUAACAUUUUUUGUGCAGUCAAGUUCAUCAGAAAAUAUCUGUUGAAUUAGCUACAACCAUUGUGUCGAAUGUGUUGUACAUCAGUUGUAGAACCUGAGUGUGUACGGGGCCUCUGUUUGUGUUCCAGUUAAAGGCUCCUCCAGUAGUGCCCAGGAGGGAGCCUCCAAAAUGGAGGGAGAGACAACUGGUCCCGCCUGAGCCCAGUCCUCCAGAUAAGAAGGUAGUCUAUCGUUCCUUCUGAACGGAGAGAAAUGCUGUUACCCUGGUUAUAUUUUUCAUCAUUCUCUUACCCCCCUCAAGUGGUGUAGGAGAAUACUGCGUUCCCACAUUCACACUCACAACAUGAUAUUCAUUUGAAUCACUGAAUGUCCUGAUGUACAUGUAACUAAGCAUACUUCUUAAGCAUGUGUUUAUUUCUGCAUCCGUCAGUUAUUCCUUUAUCAUGAUGAUCAUGUUCAGAGCAUGUAUCACCGUCCACCAUGCGUGUUUCCUCCAGGUGUCUGUCCUAUACUUUGUCUUUGACACCAAGAGGCCGGCCAUGACAUCGAAGGUAGAACUCUUAUUGACAAGUCAAAGCCGAAAACGCUUUGUUUUACACUACAGUACGUAAUGUGAAUGAUUGGCUUGUCUUGGUUUCGAUUUUACAGUCGGAGUACCUGCAGCACCUGAUGGCUGAUUAUGUGAGGAGCAGGAUGCAGUUUACCCUCAAUGGUAGAGUAGGUCUUCUCAAGGUCUUCUCUUCUCCUCCCUUCUCUUCUCCUCUCUUCUCUUCUCCUCUCUUCUCCUCUCCUCCCUUCUCCUCUCUUCUCCUCUCUUCCCUUCUCCUCUCUUCUCUUCUCCUCUCCUCUCUUGUUCUCUUCUCCUCCCUUCUCCUCUCUUCUCUUCUCCUCUCCUCUCUUCUCUUCUCUUGUUCUAUUCUCCUCUCUUCUCCUCUCUUCUCUUGUUCUCUUCUCCUCCCUUCUUUUCUCCUCUCCUCUCCUCUCCUCUCCUCUCCUCUCCUCUCCUCUCCUCUCCUCUCCUCUCCUCUCCUCUCCUCUCCUCUCCUCUCCUCUCCUCUCCUCUCCUCUCCUCUCCUCUCUUCUCUUCUCUUCUCUUCCACUUCUCUUCUCUUCUCUUCUCUUCUCUUCUCUUCUCUUCUCUUCUCUUCUCUUCUCUUCUCUUCUCUUCUCUUCUCUUCUCUUCUCUUCUCUUCUCUUCUCUUCUCUUCUCUUCUCUUCUCUUCUCCUCACUUCUCUACUCAUCUCUUUGUCUCUCUUCUCUGCCUUCAGUACAUUAGAUACAUAUUGUAUGAACUUCUCUGUAACACCACAUACCUGCCUCUCAUUACUAAUCUGUAUCCAUCCCAUCCUGUCCAUGUUGCACUGUAGGCUACGACUGGGGUCCUGGCCAGUGCCCCCAGGCCACCCGCCUGCCCCCCCACCAUGUGCCGUCCUUCCUGCGUCCCACCCUGCCCCCCUCACAGCUGCCCCGGGACAACAGAGACGGGGAGCGGCUGCCCGGCCUGGCUAACCUGCCUGCAGGAGACAAGUCCAUCAGAAGGCUCUCCCCAGUCCAGUGUAAGCAGAGAGAAUAG